AUGAUGGCACAGCCUGCAACCUUGGCAUCUGAAUAUUCGAAUGAGGUUCCUCUUCAACCAAUAGAGCACAGAUUCAACCCAUAUACUGAUAAUGGUGGUACCGUGUUGGGAAUUGCAGGAGAGGACUUUGCCGUCCUAGCAGGUGAUACCAGAAGCACAUCCGGCUACAGCAUAAAUACACGUUACGAGCCAAAAGUCUUUGAUGUUGGUAACAAUCUCCUGUUGACAGCCAAUGGGUUUGCUGCAGAUUCUGCCCAACUGAUCAAAGUGUUUAAAAACCAACUGGAAUGGUACCACUUUGACCACAACAAGCCAAUGAGCACGCAGAGCGCAGCUAGAUUCAUACAGCAUCUUCUUUAUGGAAAACGGUUCUUUCCUUACUAUGUCCACACGAUUUUGGGAGGAUUGGAUGAAGAAGGCAAAGGUGCUAUUUACUCAUUCGACCCUGUGGGAUCCUACGAAAGAGAGCAAUGUCGUGCAGGAGGGGCAGCGGCCUCUUUGAUUAUGCCAUUUCUGGAUAACCAAGUUAAUUUUAAAAACCAGAUGGACCCUGCAAGUGAUGGCAAAAAACGGAAACCAAUACGUUUCCUUUCAUUAGAAGAAGUCAUACAAUUGGUGAGAGAUGCCUUCAGUUCGGCCACCGAAAGACAUAUACAGGUUGGUGAUGGAUUGGAAAUUUUGAUUGUGACUAAAGACGGAGUGAGGACAGAGUACUAUCCACUUAAGAGAGAUUGA